CGUUGACAAGGCGGUAGAAUGCCAAAUUGCCGCUGGGAAUCAUCUAGCAGCCUCAGAACUUUUGGCUAAGCAUGGAAAAUCACAACGCGCCGCUUGGGCUUUCAUGGAUGCGAAUGCACCUAAACGGGUGCUGAGGGUAUACGUUGAUAUUGCUGACCACGAAAAAGCUCUGGCUACCUACUUCCAUUCCGGGCUCUUCGCCGAUGUGGCUGAAAUUGCUGCUCUGCUCGAAAGGCUUCCACCGAGCAAAGAGAAUUGUCGGAGGCAGUAUGCACGAUUAUUCUAUCUGGUGUUCUCACAGAAAAAGAUUGUCUUGACGAAAGAGCAACGCCACAAGAUCUGGUUGUCCAUUGGACCGAUAGAGUCCGAUUAUCUGCUGAAUACAGUCAGAAAUUUCGAAAUGCUGAACCAUGUCGUCGAAAUGGAGAAAAUGAGGGGAAGGUAUCAAUAUGCCUGUGAGCUUGCGGCGAGAAUUGGGCUCGUGGAUGAAGCGCUUUUACUACUCACGCUACAUGACACCGUCCUGCCCGAUUCCGAAUUGGCAAAUGUUAUCAACUAUGUGCACGCACGAGAGUUGUCAACUGGGUUGUGGAUGGAGAUGGCGACCUCGUCGAAAAGCGCCAUUGAAAAGACUGCAGUCCUGGAGUCGCAAUGGCAGAGUAUUGCCAAAGCAUUCGUUAUCUUCAUCCAGGAAGGAAAACUACCAAAUACAGAUUCCGUUCUGAACGACUUUCUGAUUCUUCUGGCCGCGAAGCGUCUUCCAGAUCUCAUCUCCCAGUACCCGGAAAUUGAUCCCAAGGAUAUCCUUGACAAAACGGUCAGAAUUCAACGAAGACUAUCAACCGAACGUCCUGUGCAACUCUCGGUCCUGCUAUCCCUAGGCAUCUACCCUACCGCUGACGGAAAGCAUAUCGCCUUGCCUUACUCUCCCCCGGGAAUCGUCCCGAAAAUUGACUUUCCCUUGUCAUGUCAUUGAGAAUAUUCCAGCCAACAUGAAGCGAUAUGUUCGCGGGAUCCUAGAUGCAGCGCAGACAGCCUUAGAUGCAAGGCUAAGCAAAGAGGCCGAAGCGGAACCAACUGAAACCGCGGAGAAAACAACCGGAAAGGAGCAAAAGAAAGCUGGAAUGGAACAGGAGAAAGCUAGAAGGCAGCGGGAGAAAACUGGAAAGGAGCAGGAGAAAGCCAAAAAGAAGCUGAAGAAGAAAGCUGAAAAAGAGCAGAGAAGAACGCGAAACAAGCAGAAGAAAGAUGCCGCAGCCAGAAAAACGUUUCCUACUGGUGGCCAGUCUACAGCGAUAAAUGUGGGUCUACAUGUGGGCAGGUUGUGGGAUUCCCGGAUGCUGAUUUGUUAAAGAGUUCUUGGAUACUUAGUCGGA